AUGGCCGCUCGACUCAGAAACAUGGUAAAUACUCCCUCACCUCCUCCUCUUUCUUUCUGAAGCAACAAAGCUUGCUUCCAUCACCCUGUUCUGUUUCAUCCACUUUGAUCACUCUAGAAACCAAAGCCAAUGGCAGCUGCUACAGGUUCAUGGUCUUCCAAGCCCUCUCCAAUCACUUCGCAACACCCAUCAAUAUUACCUUCUAAGAUUGGUCUUAAGCCUUGGACACUGUCCACAAAACCCAGCUAUCCCAUUUCCAGAACUAAAGAAAACUACUUUCCAUCAUCCUCCACACAAUUAAAUGCGACCUUGAAGAACCCUAGAGGCUUCGGACGCUCACCGAAGAAAAACAAGAAGACAACCACCAAGAAGAAGAAGACAGAACAAAACAAUGACAGUGGCGAUGAAGAUGAUGAAGACGAAGACGCCGAAGCAGCAGCAGAAGAAGAAGGCAUAAUACCAGAGAUAGUGACCAACAGGAUGAUAAGCAGAAUGGGAUUCACAGUUGGUCUCCCAUUGUUUACGGGACUAUUGUUUUUCCCGUUCUUCUACUACUUGAAAGUUGGCCUCAAACUUGAUGUGCCAACAUGGGUGCCCUUUAUUGUGUCAUUUGUUUUCUUUGGGACAGCACUUGCGGGAGUGAGCUAUGGCAUUGUGUCCUCUAGUUGGGAUCCUAUGAGGGAAGGGUCACUUUUGGGUUGGAAUGAGGCUCAGAAGAAUUGGCCUGUAUUUUGGAGAUCUAUUAGGGGUGGAUCUAGGAAGAACUAAGAUCGUUAAACUAUACUACUUAGAAAACCAUCUUUUUUUCUUUCUUUUUUUUCCAAAGAUUUUGAUGGGAUCAUUUUUCUUGGCAAUAUAUUGUUUCUGUUCUCGUUGGUAUUUGACAAAACUGCAGUUAGUAGCUACUCCACUCG